AUGUUGUAUCUCUGUCUCCUGCCAAUUGUGGCUGGCAUUGCCAGUGCAAUCAAUCUAACAGUCGCCAGCACAGGUGGAAAUGUCACUUCUGAGUACAUGUAUGGAUUGAUGUUCGAAGACAUCAACCACUCUGGUGAUGGCGGGAUCUACGCAGAACUCAUCCAAAAUCGAGCUUUUCAAGGCAGUACCGAGUUCCCUUCCACACUGAGUCCCUGGAGUGCGAUUGGAAAUGCAACAUUGAGGUUGCAGAACACAUCCGUACCACUUUCUUCCGCUCUACCUACGUCCGUCAAUGUGGCAGCUGCUUCGGAAAAGACGAAAGGAAAGAUUGGAUUGUUGAAUCCUGGGUGGUGGGGCAUAGAUGUCAAAGCACGGCCAUACACAGGAAGUUUCUGGGCAUUGGGCUCAUACGCUGGCACAUUCACAGUCAAACUCCAAUCUGCGAUCACCAACCAAGUCUUCGCCAGUCUAGAUAUCACUUCCGGAUGCCAGGCGGGAAUGUGGGUGGAACAUAAAUUCACAUUGGAACCAAAGAUGGAUGCACCAAACAGCAACAAUACUUUCGUUCUCGAAUUCGAUGCUGGGCAAGGAUCUGUGAACUUCAAUCUUAUCAGUUUGUUCCCGCCUACAUACAAGAAUUCUCCGAAUGGAAACAGACAGGAUCUCAUGUCUGCACUGAAGGGGCUUAAUCCAAGUUUCUUGCGAAUGCCCGGUGGAAACAAUCUUGAAGGAGAUUCUUACCACUAUCGAUGGGUAUGGAACGAAACCAUUGGCCCCCUCACCAGUCGACCAGGUCGUCCAGGAACAUGGGGAUAUGAAAACACAGAUGGUCUUGGCCUAAUAGAAUACUUCAAUUGGUGCGCCGACCUCGAAAUGGAACCUCUCCUCGCUGUCUGGUCGGGCAUGUACCUCGGCGGCGACGUCCUCUCCGCUUCCGCCCUGGCCCCCUACGUAAACGACACCCUGAACGAACUCGAAUUCCUCCUCGGCCCCACCACAACCCCCUACGGCUCCCUCCGCGCCUCCCUCGGCUACCCCACCCCCUUCCCCCUAAAAUUCAUCGAAAUCGGCAACGAAGACAACCUCUCCGGCGGCGCCACCUCCUACGCCUCCUACCGCUUCACCAUGUUCUACGAGGCCAUCUCCGCCGCGUACCCCUCCCUAACCAUCAUCUCCUCGACCGGGGACCUCACAGCCGUCGGCCCCGACAGCGCCACGGACUUCCACAUCUACACCCUGCCCGACUACUUCGUCUCCCAGUUCGGGAAAUGGGAUAACGUGCCGCGGACGCACAAAGUGCUGAUCGGCGAGUACGCGAACGUGCAGUACAACGUCCUGGACCAACCGCUCGCGGGCGUCAACUGGUCGGCGCCGAAACUGAUGUGGCCCGUCUGGGCGGGCGCCGUCAGCGAGAGCGUGUGGAGCAUCGGGGCGGAGCGGAACGGGGAUGUGAUACUGGGGCAGAGUUACGCGCCGGGGUUUAUGAAUUUGAAUUCUUUCGAGUGGAGUCCAGAUCUCAUAUCCUUCACGGCAGACCCAGCGCAAACCGUACUCUCGACCUCGUACUACGCAAUCCAACUCCUGUCCAACGCCCGCUACAACGCCACCGUGCCCGUGAGCUCUGACGCGGACUUCGGGCCCGCGUACUGGGUAGCAGGUGUUUCGGAUCCGGGGCAAUAUACAUUCAAAACCGCGAUCUAUAAUUCGACGUCCGCUGUACCGUUCAACAUUGCAUUCGAUGGCCUAGCGGCUGGUGCAAAGGGGACAUUGACGGUUCUAACGGCUCCGGAUGGAUUGAGUAGUAAUACACUCGUAAACGGGACGGUAGUCGACGUCGUGAAGAAAAUAGCCACGGCGUUGACAGCGAACGAAGAAGGAGCAUUCGAAUUCGAGCUCGAGAAUUACAGCGUGGCUGUCUUGACCACAUAA